UCAAACAGAUCAUUCAACAAACGACGGUUGAUAAGAUUCAAUCGAUUGAGUAAAACGUUUUCUCACAAUUUUUCCGCUGUAAAUUUUUUCAAUUUUUCUAACAAAAAAUGGCUUUACAACUAGUCUCGUGUGAUAAACAAUAUGAAAAGUUUCCUCAAUUGAUUCGCAGUGAAGUGUUAAAAUUACAAGAUUGGUAUAACCGGCAACCGCAUACACCGAGCAUAACAGAGUUGGAAGCAAUGCGCUUUUUGCACGCUUGUUACUACAGCGUAGAACAAGCUAAAAUAUGUCUAGAUACAUAUCAUACAGCACGAACGCAUUGGCCGGAAUUUUUCAAAAAUCGCAAUGUACACGGAACGGAUGUAACAUCUCAAAUGAAAAUUGCCUCAUUUACAUUAUUACCGGAGUUGACUGCAGAAGGGUAUGGCGUCAUUUUGUGCAGAUUGAUUGAUUCGGAGGUAUUGAAAUUCAAUUUUUGGAAUUCCGUCAAAUUAUUUGGAAUGGUAACCGAUGUUUGGUUCGCACAAAAUGAUCUUAGACAAGGAUAUGUGUGCGUAAUUGAUAUGAAGGGCUGUACAUUGAUGCAUUUGACUCGGGUCAAUGUCAUUGCACUCAAAAAGUUUAUGUUUUACAUCCAGGAAGCAUUACCGAUUCGUUUGAAGGCAAUCCAUUUCAUCAACACCGUUUCGUUUAUGGAUAAAGUGUUAGCACUCAUGAAACCGUUCACGAAAAAGGAAUUAAUGAACAUGUUGCAAUUACAUGCGACCAUGGAUACAUUCCUGGACAAAUGUGUUCCGAAAUCUGCAAUGCCAAACGAAUAUGGUGGUUCAGCCGGUGACGCUGAGAAAAUGCGUGAAAAUUCGUACACAAGUAUGCAGGCGAAUGCCAGAUUUUUUGAAGAGGAAGAAACAACGAAACGGGUGAAUGAAAAAUUGCGACAAGGUAAGCCGCAUGGAGAUGGUGAUAUUUUUGGACUUGAUGGAAGUUUCAAACAAUUGUCGUUCGAUUAAUUUGCUAAUUUGGAUAAUGGAACUUAAUUUUUGCGAA